AUGGCUUUAGAAGCACUUUCUACCAAUGAACUCCUCAACUUCAUUAUCUACGAUACAAUCUCUACCACCACCACCACCACCAAUAGCAACAACAAUCUUGAUGAAAAUGCCUUAUUUUUUGACAAUCAUGAAGAAAAUAAUGCCUUUCUAUUAAAGCCUCAAGAUUUUUGUACUACUACUCCCUUAGAGCAACAAUAUUCCAUCGCCGCCUCAGUGCCGCGACCAGAGUCUUCUAGAGAGAAGAAUAAUUUGUCGGUCGCGGCACAAUCAGGAGGCGGCGGUGGAGGGAGAAAGAAAAGGAGAAGAAGACCUAAAAUUUGUAAGAAUAAAGAGGAAGCUGAAAAUCAAAGAAUGACUCACAUUGCUGUUGAGAGAAAUAGGAGGAAACAAAUGAAUGAACAUCUUUCUGUUUUACGUUCUCUCAUGCCUGAAUCUUAUGUUCAAAGGGGUGACCAAGCUUCAAUCGUUGGUGGUGCAAUUGAAUUCGUAAAGGAAUUAGAACACAUUCUACAAUCUCUUGAAGCACAAAAAUUCGUAUUAUUACAACAACAACAAGAAGGCGGUACUAGUAAUGAUAAUGAUGAUUGUGACGGUGGAAAGAGAGAAGUUUCGAAGGCGGAUUAUGUUGGGACCCCAUUUGCUCAAUUUUUCUCGUAUCCACAAUAUACAUGUUGUGAAUUACCAAAUAAAUAUACAUCAAAGAGCAAGGCAGCUAUAGCUGAUAUUGAAGUAACUUUAAUUGAAACACAUGCAAAUGUUAGAAUAUUAUCAAGAAGAAGAUUUCGUCAGCUAUCAAAAUUGGUCGCUGCGUUUCAGUCAUUGUACAUUUCUGUCCUUCACCUCAAUGUCACCACUUUAGAUCCAUUGGUUCUUUAUUCAAUAAGUGUUAAGGUGGAAGAAGGUUGCCAACUAAAUUCAGCAGAUGACAUAGCAGGUGCAGUCCACCACAUGCUAAGAAUAAUUGAGGAGGAAGCAGCUACACUUUAA